UUUUGACAAAAAUAAACAAUUGAAAGUGAGCAACAGACAGCAAUCGAGCGCACAUGUACAAAUGUCAAGUGUAAUACAGUAGUGUUUACAAAACAUAACCUAUUCACGUGUGUCAUUGAGUCUCGCAUUGAGUUGUCGUAUAAAUUUUGCUGGCGCAGAAAAUAAAUUAAAUAUCAAUAAAAUGUCGUCGUCAUGGAAAAAAGCAGCAAAAUCAAAUCAAAAGACGCACAGAGAGCGUCAUCAGCCAGCGGCACGAAAACAUUUUGGUUUACUUGAGAAGAAAAAAGACUAUCAGUUGCGUGCGAAGGAUAAAAAUGAAAAGAAAGAAACAUUGAAGCUGCUCAGCAAACGGGCAUUGAACCGAAAUCCAGAUGAAUUCUACCAUCACAUGAUCAAUUCGAAAAUGAUUGAUGGGGAACAUCAUGAGAAUGAAGAAGAAGAUGAGCAUUCACCGGAGCAAAUUCAACUAAUGCAAACGCAAGACGUCAAAUAUAUCACAAUGAAAAAGACCAUUGAAGCGAAUAAAAUACAAAAAAUGCAAGCGGAAUUGCACAUGAUUGAUGAAGCGAACAAAGUUAAAAAUACGCAUACAUUUUUCACGGAUUCCGGUGAAGAAGACAAUGAAAUUGAUUUGGCGAAACGAUUCAAUACACAUCCGUCGAUGCUAAGUCGACGCACAAAUAGACCGCGUUUAGAGGACCUUAACAAAUUAAUCAUCACCGAUGCUGAUAUUGAGGCAACUCGUAGACUGUACAAGAAACGUGAUGAAGCAUACAAUGAGCUGAAAAAUCGUAUUGAGCGUGAAAAAAUGCUGACGGUUGUUCAACAGAAAAUGGAAUUGAAGAAGGUGCUCCAACAAAAACGUUUGCUGAAACCCAAACGAAUUGCUCCAGCAACAAAAGAUUCAGCGCCGAUUUAUGCAUUCAAAUACGAACGAAAGAAAUGAUUUUGUUUCUAAUUUUUAAGUCAUAAAAUGAAGAAAGCAUAAAUAAACAAAACAUGAUGUUUCCAUUGAAAUGUGAGAAAAUUG